AACCCAUCCAUCCUUUCCCCCACACAUUUAUUUAUUUAUACUUCAACCUCUCCACAUAUAAAUCCAACUCAACAAUAUUAUUUCAUCCUUUUUUGUUUAAGGACCAACAAAUUCAAAAAAAAAAAAAAAACUUAUUCUAAAUUACAAAGCACGUGGAGUGGAUGAUGAUAAUGAAAAGGAUGGACAACAGAAGAUCGAACAGAGUGCUCUCCCAAACAGGCGUAGUGAUCAAGCAGAUACUGAAGCGGUGCUCCAGCUUCGGCAAAAAACACGGCGGGGCCGGGGGGUUCGACCACCACCACCACCACGAAGACGACCUCCCCCUCGACGUACCCAAGGGGCAUUUCGCGGUGUACGUCGGGGAGAAGAGGAGCCGGCACAUUGUCCCCAUCUCGUUCCUGUCGAGGCCCGAGUUCCAAACUCUUCUUCGCCAGGCCGAAGAAGAGUUUGGGUUCGACUACGACACGGGGGGCCUCACCAUUCCCUGCGACGAACCCUUCUUCCAAUCCUUAACCUCCUCCCUUACCUUGUUGUUACAUACCUAGGUAAUUAAUUCAUUCAUUAAUCUCCGGGCCGGCGGGAGAAAAACACCAUUUUUUUUCCCUCAAAGUUUACAAAGGAUCUGCUGCCGAUUUGACUUGUCCAGAUGUUUCCAAACUCAGGGGCGACAACUGACUUGAAAAAUCCGUGCAACGAAAGUAAAAAACAAAAAAAAAAAUUAGAUGUGGGAAU